UGCUGGGAGCCCAAGCGAGGGCGACUGCUCCGCCGGGAAAGGGCUCUCCUCCCAGCGCUGAGCACUUGGUCCUGGCAGACGCCCCAAGAUUGUUGUGAGGAGUCUAGCCAGUUGGCUCUCCAGUGGCUCGGAGGACCCAGGCUCUCCCCUUGUUCCUCUCCACGCCUCGGCUCGGCCCCCCUGGAAUAAAAGUCUCGGCGAGCCCCACAGGCCCAGAGGAGGCCGAAGUUCAGGAACUGCUCCUCCGGGGGUCCCGGGGGCGCUGAGAGCUCUUCCUCUUUUUCCCCACCAGCUGCUUCUCCUGCCCACGCAUCUUGGACAUGCCAGGAUUCAAAAGGAUACUCACCGUGACCAUUCUGGCUCUCUGUCUUCCAAGUCCUGGGAAUGCACAGCAACAAUGCACGAAUGGCUUUGACCUGGACCGCUCGUCAGGACAGUGUUUAGAUGUUGACGAGUGCCGGACCAUCCCUGAGGCCUGCCGAGGAGACAUGAUGUGUGUCAACCAAAACGGCGGGUAUUUGUGCAUCCCCCGAACGAACCCCGUGUACCGAGGGCCCUACUCCAACCCCUACUCAAACCCCUACUCAGCUUCUUACCCAGCAGCUGCACCCCCGCUGUCAGCUCCAAACUACCCCACCAUCUCCAGGCCUCUUAUAUGCCGCUUUGGAUACCAGAUGGAUGAAAGCAACCAGUGUGUGGAUGUGGACGAGUGUGCAACGGAUUCCCACCAGUGUAACCCUACCCAGAUUUGCAUCAACACCGAAGGAGGCUACACCUGUUCCUGCACGGAUGGCUACUGGCUGCUCGAAGGCCAGUGCUUAGACAUUGAUGAAUGUCGUUAUGGCUACUGCCAGCAGCUGUGCGCGAAUGUUCCCGGCUCUUAUUCCUGUACAUGCAACCCUGGUUUUACCCUCAACGAGGAUGGAAGGUCUUGCCAAGAUGUGAAUGAGUGUGCAACUGAGAAUCCCUGUGUACAAACCUGUGUCAACACCUAUGGCUCUUUCAUCUGCCGCUGUGACCCAGGAUAUGAACUUGAGGAUGAUGGCGUUCAUUGCAGUGAUAUGGAUGAAUGCAGCUUCUCUGAGUUCCUCUGCCAACAUGAGUGUGUGAACCAGCCAGGCACGUACUUCUGCUCCUGCCCAGCCGGCUACAUCCUGCUGGAUGACAACCGGAGCUGCCAGGACAUUAACGAGUGUGAGCACAGAAACCACACGUGCAUCCUGCAGCAGACCUGUUACAAUUUGCAAGGGGGCUUCAAGUGCAUUGACCCCAUCCGCUGUGAGGAGCCUUAUCUGCGGAUCAGUGAUAACCGCUGUAUGUGUCCUGCGGAGAAUCCUGGCUGCAGAGACCAGCCCUUCACCAUCUUGUACCGGGAUAUGGACGUGGUGUCAGGACGCUCUGUUCCCGCUGACAUCUUCCAAAUGCAAGCAACGACCCGCUACCCUGGGGCUUAUUACAUUUUCCAGAUCAAGUCUGGGAAUGAGGGCAGAGAAUUCUAUAUGCGGCAAACGGGCCCCAUCAGUGCCACCCUGGUGAUGACUCGCCCCAUCAAAGGGCCCCGGGACAUACAACUGGACUUGGAAAUGAUCACGGUCAACACCGUCAUCAACUUCAGAGGCAGCUCUGUGAUCCGACUGCGGAUAUAUGUGUCCCAGUACCCAUUCUGAGCACCGGGCCGCAGCCUCUGACACUGCCUCCAACUGCACCGAGGGACAGAGAAGCGGAGAAACCAGAGAGAGCUCAAGAGUGAGACAGAUGGGAGGCCUUUUUGGCUGAACGUCUCCUGAGGAGUCAGCAUGAGUCCCAACCAUGCCUCUAUUAUUACAGACCCAUCACUUUGAAGGACAUACUUCCCCAGUUUCUACGACACAGUUAUCGAAAAGCAUUAUCAUUGGCACACUGACCUGAGAUCGACGGUGUUUUUCAAGGCCUUCAGUUUAUUUCCAUAGUUUUCAAAGAAAAUAGAUUAGGUUUGCGGGGUCUGAGUCCACGUUCAAAAACUGUGAACCACUUCCUCUCACUUCCUCCAGGCCUUCUCUCUAUCUCUCUCUGAUUGUUUCUUUGCCAAGGCCCCCCAAAGCUCCCGGGGAUGCUAGGUGUAGCUAGCUUGCUUCUUGCAUGUACAGAAGGCUAUAGAAAGAAACCACAGAAUGAUCUAAAGGUUUUUAAAGAGUCUAUUUCAAAGCCAUGUCUGGUAUUUUCAGCCAUAAGAGAAGUUUUAGUUGUCCUUAAAUUUGUAUAACUGUUUAAUCCUUUCUUGUUCAUUUUGAUGAUGAUUAGUAUUUUUAAUCCAUGGUAGAAUGCCUUCAAAAGGUCAUAAGGCACAUGUUAUAUUCUGUCUUCCCAAACCCAGCUUCCUCUCCAUUUUAGUCCAGUGUUUUCUUUGAAGACCCCUUCAUCAUGCUUUCUUUUGAAUUUUUACCCAACUGGGUUGGAAGGCAGAGGUCUCCAAACUGAUUAAAUAUUUGAAGAGAUCUUGUGUUUGGUUCAUUUUGACAUGAGAGAUGAUUCAGCCUUUGGGGUUGGUUCUAGUUCUCUUUAGUUUAUUGGGUACUGGCUUGAAAAGCUCUCCAGAGAGCAUGAUCAUCAUUAAAAACAAAAUGGGAGUGAGGGAGAGGAGAGCAUCCACCCCAAAUCCUAGUCCAUUUCAUUAGAAGACAAUGAUCAAACCCUCUGUGAUCUGGAUUAUUUCCAGGUACUUUUCCAGAACAGGAAAGUAUUCAAGUUGCUUUAAAUCGGUGGCCCUCACCCCUGAUGGCGUAGUAGGAUAACCAGUGGGGUUUUCAAGACAAAAACUUGACUUCCUGGGCCUUACCCCCAGAGAUUCUGAUUUACUUGUUCUUAGGUAGGGCCUAAGAAUUUUAAAAACUUCAUGAGUAGGUGGAGUUGAGAGUGCAUUGUAUAAAGAGAGGGAGACAAAUGGGACGAAGCUCUGGCCACUUUAUCUUCAACAUCUUUUCAGUUACUUGUACAGUUUGUUGUCUUUUUCCUAGUCAGUGACCUGGAUUCCUUUCAGUCUUGGAACCCCAGGCAGGAUUAAAGGGAGUCAACAGAGCAGGUCACAGAUGGGAGAACGGACUGGGACAGCUGCCUUUGUGUCCCAUCCCAGAGGUCAAACUUGUUACCGAGUCCAAGCUCACACUGCUGGCCUCACUACAGGUCAGUAAAUUGAGAGACCAAUUGUUGGGGCAAAGAACGACGGCUUUGUUCAAAAGUCUGCAGGCCGAGACUUUUGACAGGUAUCCCAAAACCCAUCUUGCCUGACUUAGACCUCAGGCUUCUUAUAUACUAAAAGGAGAGGAAGCAAAGUCAAACAUUUCCUGGUUCUGGUCAGCCGCUGGAGGGGAUAUGUUAAUUCCUUCCUCCUUAAAAGGAACCCUUUCCGAACCAUUUCCUACUGUGCCCCUUCUGUCAGGUUCAAGUGAUGUUAACAGUAACGCCAGCAACCAAUCAACAACUAACGGCCCAGUUUUGCAGCUCAGAUAAAAAGAGCAAUUUCCUAUCGACUUGCCAGGUUGCAGGCCCAGCUCCGCAGAGCAGAGAGAGGAGGUGGCCCUGGGUCUGGGGCUCCCCUUGCAUGUUGGAGUCCUAGGUGUCAGGAAUGGGUGUGGAGUUAGAAUGCCAAAGACUUAUGUGAGCUCUGCGCCAAGCCACUCCGAAUGGACUGAUUCAGGCUCAUAACACCACGAGGGUAAGGUUUCCUUUAACUUCUGAAAAAUAGGAGGGGCAGUCUUGUCUUGAUGAUUUGAGGACCCUUGCGUUUCAGAGGGGCCACCUUUGGAACCAGAUCUGAGUCUCAAGGGCUUGCAUUCUAUUUGUUCAUGUCAAGAUGUGGCUUCCUGUUUCUAAGAAAAAAGGCACAUAAAAGCAGUCUCAAAGGGCUUCUUGGCCUUCAGAUUGCUCUUUCCAAACAUAGCCUGAUGAGUUCAGUGUAAAUGAAUCAGAAGCAUGUGGGAUCAAUUUACCUUAAAAUACACUGGGGCCUAAAAAUUAAGGGAAAGAUGCCUUGGGGCAAAGCGUGUAUGUACUGUAGGGCUAAACCCCAAACAUUUGGGAAGCAGUUUCAGAGGCUCCCAGAACCCAAAAAGCUGUUGGUUUCGGCCACCCUUUGAGAAUAGUUGGGUGUUACUGUUUUCACAAGACCAGGAGUUAAGUCUGCUCUUCGAAUCUCAGCACUGUGCCCCCCCUGCUCGAGUUUGCAGGGGCUAGCUGUUCCCUUGGACCUUGAGGUAUCAGGGCAUUCCAUGCCUGUUCCCCCCACCCUCCACCCCAUCAGCUCUACCCCAUCUCAGCUGGGCUGGUAGCUUGGCACAUGAACCCUGCUCUGUCAGAAGAAUGAAGGGUUAUGUGGUGGAAGAAAUGCCAGAUUAAGAAUUGGGAUACCUGCAAAAGUUCUUGUGUUACCACCUGAUCUUCUGGGUUCAAUAUGGAUGAAAACUUCCAUUCAGCUGCCUUUAAUUCUAAAGUUCUGUGAUUCCUUGAAAUGUACUUUGGGGAUGACAGCCAGUGUUUCCAUUAAACUGCAGUUUUAGAGUUUUACAGCGGUUUGCCAAUCAUAACACUUUCUAAUUGGCAUGGAAUCCACCUACCUGUUGCCUCUCAGGCCUGAGUAACGUACUUAGAAAUUUUCUUAGGUAACUGUCUUGGUGCUUGGGGUGUUAUUUUCCCAGAUGGUGAAAAUUUUUCAGCUGGUCUGAUUACUUCGUUUAUUUGGUGGUUUCAAUAUAUUUUUGUGUACUGAUUGUUUACUGUAAUAUGUACAAACUCUUCAUCUGUGUAACCCAAGAGGGUGGUCUGAGGGUCCCCCAGAAAGAGAUGACAUGACUGAAGAGCAAUUAUUCUUUUUCCCCCUCUCAACACAUGAAAUCUUGUUUGUAAGAAGUCUUCAUUGUAAGAGGAGAACACAGUUUGGUUAAGCAUCCACCCAGUCCACUUGAGUUGGGCCAGUUUCUGGAUUCAGAGAGAUGAAUAAGAUAGAUAGAGGUCCUGAUAAGAAAUUUAUGAAUAUCUAAGGAUUGAUGCAGCCUCCAAGACAAAACUAACUGAAAUACAUCGUGGUGGAUGCAGUUUAGCAGUGUGAACAAAAUGAUUUGGAUUAGAUUUUCAUAAUUAUUAAGACAUACCUGUUUCAUACAACAAAAAUUCUUACGAACAUCCUCAGGCACGUGUUUAAAAUUUAGACUAAGAUGCCUCUGCUUCAGUUCAGUCACUCAGUUGUGUCCGACUCUUUGCGACCCCAUGAAUCACAGCACACCAGGCCUCCCUGUCCAUCACCAACUCCCGGAGUUUACCCAAACUCAUGUCCAUCGAGUCGGUGAUGCCAUCCAGCCAUCUCAUCCUCUGUCAUCCCCUUCUCUUCCUGCCCCCAAUCCCUCCCAGCAUCAGGGUCUUUUCCAAUGAGCCAACUCUUUGCAUGAGGUGGCCAAAGUAUUGGAGUUUCAGCCUCAGCAUGAGUCCUUCCAAUGAAUACCCAGGACUGAUCUCCUUUAGGAUGGACUGGUUGGAUCUCCUUGCAGUCCAAGGGACUCUCAAGGGUCUUCUCCAACACCACAGUUCAAAAGCCUCUGCUUAGGAGUUACUAAAUACACUGAAAGGAAACACAAAAUUAAUGUUAGCAGAAAUUUUUCUCUCUCUAGGAUACUGAGGCUGGAUUUUUUCUCUCUCUAGGAUAUGAGGUACAUACUGUGGGUGUUCACUUUGAAAUGCAAUGUUUUCAUCUCUAGGGGAAAAAAAGCAGACUUUUAGUAAAGCUCUUCAUUGUUUUGAAAUUGGCCAAUACCCAUCACCCGUCACAGAUAUACAGAUUGUUCCUUCUUGUUGAUGUUUUUGUUCUCAAAUUUCUUAGUGCCUUUACUUAACAGAUCACUGAUAGCUUCAUUACAAUCCCUGACAUAAAUAACUAAAAGAAGUUUUGUAAGAAAAAAAUAAUAAUAAUAACCAAGAAGCUUCAGGACAAAAGGGAGUGCACUGAGACAAGAUUUAUUACUUUAGUAGUGUUUUGUUCUUUUUUUUGGCCCUGGGUGGGGGAAUGACAGCAUCUAGUUAGAAUCUUUGAUUUGCUAAUGAUUCCUGGUGAGGAGCUUUUGCCAGCUUCCAUCAGUGAAAUUGAUCGUUGAGGUGAGAAAACAGGUGUCAACGCAGGAAUGAUCUAUUAUUUUGUUGUUGGUGUCCUCUCAAAGAGGGAAAGACAUGUUGACAGGGGGUGACUAGCAGUCCUUUUUUUCCAGGAAUUUGAAAUAUUGAGCAAUAAUGUAAGGUGAAUGUAGGUGUAAAUUGUGCAUAGAUGCAAAUAUUAAGAUCCUUAUGAUAUCUAUCAAGAUUUAAGUUGGUAAUUUAUUAAUCUGAUUUAAGACCACCAGAGAGUCACUGGAUUGCUGAAUGUCAUUUUAAAGUAAUUUUUGUUUGGGGAGGGUUGUUUUGGUUUCAACCGAGCCUUUUUUCUAAUUCUUGCUCUCCUACUCUCUACUGAGAAUACAUUUGAUGUCGCAGAACUGGCUUCUAUCACAAGAUAGCUACUAUACUUUCAAACACGUGCCUUGAGUUCUGAGCUUUAAUGUACAAACCGUUUAUAACUUACCCUAUUUUGGAUUGCCCCUUUCUUUUUUAAGUUUAUUUUUCAUUGGAGGAUAAGUGCUUUAUAAUGUUGUGUUGGUUUCUGCUGUACAACAACGCAAAACAGUCAUAAUUAUACGUAUAUCCCCGCCCCUGCGAGCCUCCCUCCUGCCUGACCCCACCCCACCCCACCCCCUAGGUUGUCACAGAGCGCCACACCAGGUUGAACCCCCUGUGGUAAAGAGGAGCACAGAUCGCUCUUACAGUCUUCAUUCUCUGCUCUUAACAAUUUUUACCAAGAAAGUACCCAUCAUUUAAACCAAGCUGUGGUAUUUGCAAAUAAAUUAGCUCUUUACAGUGA